UUUCACGUGCUUCUUCCAUGUCCUCCUCUCAAUUAUGCAGUGUAAAGAAAAACACAUGAGCCAGUUCUCACCUCCCUCAUUGGCAACUGGCAUUCCACCCAGAACACAAGAACUGCUCUGGACUCUCUGACCCAUCUUCCCAAAACCCCCCAAUCAACCUCCAUCCCCCUCAUUUCACCCCUCCUUUUCUCCCUGCCGCCUCCCCAGUUUUUACUCUCUCUCUCUCUCUCUAAGAUCUCCAAGAUCUCCAGAGUCCCCAUCUUCCUUUUCUUCAUUACCUCCACUUCUCCCUUCCGAAAUCACACCUUUCUUCUUUCAUCCUUCUCACUUGUGGCAAACCUCAUAAAAAUGUUUCCUUUCUCUUUCCCACCAAGAAUUCUUCUUGCCAUCCUCGUCAUUCUCCUGGUCAUCGAUUUCUCAGCCUCCCAGAAAGACGCAGAGCCCGAAACCAUUUAUGACGUCCUGAAAAUCCACGGCCUUCCAAUUGGGCUGCUGCCCAAAGGAGUGAGCAAUUUCAGCAUAGAUGCUGAGGGGAACUUUGAGGUCCAUCUGGAUCAGGCCUGCAAUACAAAGUUUGAGAACCAAGUACACUAUGAGAAGAAUAUAUCGGGUACCCUGAGCUAUGGGCAGAUUGGGGCUGUUUCUGGUAUCUCUGCCCAGGAACUCUUCCUUUGGUUCCCUGUGAAGGGCAUCAGAGUGGACGUUCCCAGCUCCGGCCUGAUCUAUUUUGAUGUGGGUGUCAUCUACAAACAGUUCUCGCUGUCCCUAUUUGAGAUACCACGCGAAUGCAGGGUGGUUGAUCAUGACAAUGCUCCUGAUCUUCUUCAGGGAAAAAGGAUUGCUGAUGCUGUUCUUAAGAGCACAAAGGGAAAGCUCCGCUAUGAAUAUGAUCAGGAUGUUCAAAUGGCCGUGCUAUGAACACUAGAAGUUGCCAAUCAGCUGGUUGUGAUUCAUCAAGCUAUAGAUAUGGGUCUCUCUUGCCAUCAAGACAAGUCUCAGAAAGUGUGGUCUAGCAGGUUGUAUGCUUCCACAGUGUGCUUGAACUAGAGUACAGACUGAGUUGGAUUUCUGUCAGUGAGAGCAUGAAAUUUUGACAGGAUGAGGAUGUGUGCUGCGUGCAUUAAUAGACAGAGGAAGCGGAAGAGAUGAAAUCAUGAUGUACAAUCAAAUUAUGUCAAGGUGAUUGAGCCAAUUAGUUUGAUAAGCUGUCCGUUUCAGGUUUUGAUAAUGUGGUAUUUUGUAAAAGCAAAUUAUAAUUUUGUGAAAUAUGGAGUUGAGUCAUUUGUGUCAA